GUUCUGGGUAAGAAGGGUAUCCGCUUCUCCUGUACAUUGAAGCCACCAUCAACAACAACAAGUGUCUUUCUCGAACUAUACUCAUUUCUUAUAUUCUUUCAUAUAUCUCUGGUAUAUCUUUGAUUUAGUUCUUGCAUUCAUUUACAAGAACAUUGAAGACAUCCAAGCCGCCACCUCCGUCCAUACUUCAUUGCUUAUCUAUCUUCUAAAGCAUUUCUGAGGACUAUUUCUUUCACAUCUCUUAAUGCCAUCGAGGAAGAACCGAAAUGCAACCCGUCAAUCAGCUCGUCCUCCUGCUAAUUACUCUCCAGCUCUCCUCCCUAUCGACUCUCCUUCUCCAACUUCAAGUUGGUCUCCAGAACAGUCUCCUCUAGUUCUCGAACUAGACGAACCACCUGAUCCUACUAUUCAAAUUCAACUCGACCUUCCUCCAGUGGUAGCAUUAGAAGACGAAAUUUCACCCAUCAAACAUGAGGGUGGCCUUCUUCUGGCAACCCCAGAGUCUCGUCCUUCGCCUGUGCGCUCAGAUGUUAUUAAGCUUCCCCCAAUAGAAGACAAUUUUACAUCUCAGCAAGUAACGCUUGGCCACACGCGAUCUCCUGUGCUUGCCCGAGAACCAACCAUGCUUGAAACCUUCUCCCGUACUGUGCGCAAUUAUGUGCCGACUUCCAUUCCUGUUCCUGCCUCUGCUCCCUCUCCGCCGCGGGUAUCGAAACCUGUUUCUUUCGGUAGCUUCAUGGCCCCUCCUGGUCCCUCAAGUCUGUCUCCACCAGGUCCCAAGAUACCCAUCGUUUCCCCAACGGCCAGAAAACCUCUUGGUACUGGCAUAGACGGAAAUCGGUCGACCUGGAGAAUGAGAACAGGUGGUCAACUUGAUUCAGCUGACGUCAAUGAACCUGCUAUAUUCGGUUCUGAGGACGAGGACUCUGAAACUACAUUCUCGGACCAGCCCCUGACGACUUAUCCUACGGCUGCCGAAGGCGACUCCAUUAUGUGGUCCCGUUGGGACACCCUCAUUGAGAAUGGUUCGCGACCUCGGCGUAUACUUAUCCUUGGCUAUACCAAUGGUCUUCAGAUUUGGGACUGCACAAUCCUGGGAUCAGUGUCCGAGAUUCUGAAUCUUACUGAUUAUCCUUUUGGGUCUAUUGCCUUUGCUGGUGUGCUUGCAACCCCGCACUCCUCUAGGGAGCGUGACUCUGACAGUUCCGGGUCCUUGAUUGGUGUAGUCUCUAGGUCGAAAGAUCAGUCAACGAUGUCUAUUUAUUCAUUGCGGGCCCACAAGGUCAUCAAGCAUCUUCCGUUUCAUAAUGUGUCAACCUUUGCUUCAAGUGUACACUUCAUUGUUAUCAGUACCACAAAUCCACCAACUCUACACAUUCUUUCUUCAGCAUCCUUUACAGAGCUACAUACUAUUUCUUCUCUCGCUAUUAUUCAUUCUUACACCCAAUCAUCAAUUCCAUAUAAAGCCAAUACCAAUAACACUGUAUCAUUAUCAGCGAUAGACUCCAUCAACACUAACAACGCUUCUCACGAUCACCCCGUCCCUAUCUUUGCCCUUUCUCAUCGCAUCUUGGCAUAUGCUUCCCCACCCCCUAGAGCAGACUCUCAUGCCGGAGCCGUUUCUCAGCCUCGUACGCACCUCCGCUCCCCGUCAAGUACCCUAGGAAUAUCUCAUGCCACUGCGCUCAAGGUCGGGGGAACCGUCCUCAGCGGGGUGAAGUCCCUUGGUGGAAUGGCAUAUUCCGCUGCUGCGGAGUAUGCGAAAUCUCGCGCGGGCGCGGGAGGAGAUCAGUCGCGCGUUGCUCAGGGGCAGUCAUCAGUGAUGAGUGGCGUCAGUAACCUCUUCUUUUCACGGAGUGCUCCUGCGGCAACCAGCGGUCAUGCAGACACGAGCGAAGUUACGUCUCCAUCGGCGGCGCUGUUUCCAAAUACCCAAGACCGACAAGAGGAGGCAGAUUCGUCGACCCUAUCCCCGGGCCAUCAUAUUACAGUACUGGAUCUGGCUUCCCUCUUGGCCAGAGACAAUCCGUCCGUACGCACCAUUUCCGAAUUCAUCGCAUUUAAGCACCAGCCCUUCUCUGCUCUCAAGUUUACUCCUGAUGGGAACUCCUUGCUCGUAUCUCCUAGGGAUGGUCAAGUUGUUCGCACCUUCCAGAUCCGGCCUACGCCUAGUGUUUUACUCCCUGUCGACUCCAAGAAGUAUUCUGGCGAGCGUGAAACCGCACUCGUCGGUCGACAGUCCAAUGCCGAACCGAGUUCACCAUGGCACAUGUACAAUCUACGCAGAGGUCGAACAAGCGCCAUCAUUGAUGAGAUAGAGGUUUCGCCGGACGGGCGGUGGGUUGCUGUCGGGACUAAGAGACCGACAGUUCACGUCUUUGCUAUCAAUCCAUAUGGCGGUAAGCCUGACUUGCGCAGCCAUAUGGAGAACAGGGUUCGGAAUACAAACGAAGCCCAGCCAUUAUCGGUUGAAUUGUCAUCGCUUGUGCGUCUCAGAUCCGUCAAGCUGUCCGCUCAUAGCGGCGUCUGGCCGGGAAUCACCUUUACGUUCCUUCCAAGUGACACGCCACUGCCUACCAGCCUUCAGCCUCCACCUUCUGCCAUUACUUCAUCUCCCAGCACGUCCUCAAGUCGAUCUGACCUGCCUUCUCCGCUUCGGACGCGAAAGACAGCCAACUUCCAGGAUCUUCUUCUAUUUGAUCCUUCCGAUGGUGUGCUAUCUUUGAGACGUGUCAUGCUUGAACAGCGUCCUCGGGAUGCGGGCACGUUUUCGUAUUCAUUGGCCAACUUGCCGACGAGCAUGUCACUUCCCGGAACAGGCACCACUGGUCGUCUCAGCUCAUCGCCACAGAAUCGUGGCAUCACAUCGACAAAGACUUCUGGUCUAACCCAGAUGAUGUUGGAAGCAGCUAGCGAAUUACAUGGGCGGGACACUAUGAUCGCUACUUGGCAGCUCAGACGGCACCGAGAUUGGAGCGAAGUUAAACACGUGCAACAUUUGAGCGCAAGAUCUCCGGGACGAACGCACAAUGCCAAUGUUAGCUCCCUUGCACACGCGGAGCUGUCUACAUGUUCCAGAUCACCGAGUUUGGUACCUCGUUGCAUCUAUCUCGCUCACCAAUUCAGCUUUUGCACUUUGGGUGAAGAUUACCACGCUCUCAUUCGCCGCCAUCAACUAGACAUGACAGGGACCAAGAUCGAAGUGCGCAAGGAGGUCGAAGUUAGUGCAUAUUCUGCAGGCACUGGAGAGUCCUUUGUCGAGGGGUUCUCUCCCCGCGAUAUGGGACGAACGGCAUCUUCCUUUGACGAACCAAUCGCAUCUGCUAUAUCUGCCGAUAUGGACUACCCACGUUCAUCUCGGUCUGUUAUCCCCAUGCUUCCGAACGGGGCGCCAGGUCUGAAACCACGGUCCUUCAAGAACCCCAUUCCCAUCCGCGCCAUGACGUCGAACAUCACCGAGGGCGUCGGGGAAAGCUUUGGUCGCAUCCGAAGGGAGAUCAAUCGAGUUCGUUCUCCACAGCUUGUUUCUCGACCAGAAAGUAGAGUCUCGGCAUCUGUUCCUCUGGAGUUUGAUGAGCAUGAUGAAGAUGUGGUGUUCCCGGGAAUGGAGCCAGAUGAUGACGUUGUGGAUGACUGUACGUCCAGGGGCGGAGACGCCACUGACCCCUCGAUCGAUACGCCUCCCACCGAUGAUGAGCCGUGCGACGAAGGCACGGAAUUAUGGCAUGGUUGGACAGAAGAGGACAAGCUCGCCGUGGACGAAGCAGAGCAGUUUGACGAUGUUGUUGGAUUUUUGGACGAGGAGCAGACACCGGCAAUCCAAGCGGAGCAAAGGAGGGCGAAUAGGCAACAGCUUUGGUAGCUACCACGUUGGUGGUGCUGCGCUUCCUGAUGCUUACUACUACCUACGUUUGUAAUGUGUACUAUCUGUCAUGUAACACGCGGUCAAAUGAAACUAGUGAACUUUGUUUGC